AUGGCUGACAGACCCGCACACCACAUCGACUCGAGGUCCUCGGACGAAAAGGAGGACAAGGUGGCCGUCGGCACCACCGAUGCCCCCUUCCACUCGGAGCCCGAGCUGGGCUACACGCGCCAGGAGGCCGCCGACGCCCACGAGCUCACCGGCGGCUUCUCGGACAUCAACUCGGGCUUUGACGAGCAGGAGAUCAAGCGCGUCCGCACCCGCAUCGACCGACGCCUCCUCCCCAUCCUCGGCGCCCUCUACUCGAUCGCCCUCAUCGACCGAACCAACCUCUCGGCCGCACGCAUCGCCGGCGCCGAAAAGGACCUCAAGCUCAACGUCGGUCAGAACUACACGAUCGCCACCCUCAUCUUCUUUGUGCCGUACAUCAUCUUCGAGAUGCCCUCGAACCUGCUGCUGCGCAAGAUUGGCCCGGCCAAGCAGCUCAGCGCCAUUGCCACGCUGUGGGGCAUCGUCAUGAUGGCCCAGGGCUUCGUCAAGGACUGGAAGCAGCUCGUCGUCACCCGGUUCUUCACCGGUCUUCUCGAGGCCGGCUUCUUCCCCGCCUGCGUCCUCCUCGUCUCUUGCUUCUACGUCCGCCGCGAAUCGCAGGUGCGCAUGUCGGCCUUCUACCUCGUCUCCGUCGGCUUCUCGGGCUUCUCCAACAUCAUCGCAUACGGCAUCUCGAAGAUGAACGGCCUCGGCGGCCUCGCAGGCUGGAGGUGGAUCUUCAUCAUGGAAGGCUUGGCUACCAUUGUUCUCGGAGUGUCUGCCUACUGGCUCAUCAUCGACUUCCCCGACCGCGCCGUCGAGACUGGCUUCCUCAAGCCCGAGGAGCGCGACCUGAUCCUCACCCGUAUCCAGCGCGACCGCGGCGACGCCGAGGCCGACCCGCUGACGAUGGCCAAGCUGCGCAAGUACGCGCUCGACAUCAAGCCGUGGAUCUACGGCAUCAUGUUUAUGAACACGACGCUGCCCACGUACGCCUACGCCUUCUUCCUGCCCGUCAUCCUGCGCGGUAUGGGCUACUCGAUCCGCGACACGUUCCUGCUCGGCGCGGCGCCCUACUGCGUCGCCAUGGUCAUGGCCUUCGGAUUCGCCCUCAUCUCGGACCGCUUUUUCACCCGCAUCCCCGUCAUCGUCACCCAGUGCCUGCUCACCAUCGUCGGCCUGGCGAUGCUGUUCGACACGACCAACAAGAACGUCAUGCUCGCCGGCGCCUUCCUCGGCGUCUCGGGCGCCAACGGCAACAUCCCCGCCAUCCUCAACUUUUCGCAGAACAACAUUGUCGGCCAAAGCAAGCGCAGCUUCGUGUCGGUCGUCGUCGUCAGCUUUGGCGGCAUCGGCGGCAUCUUUGCCUCGUGCGUCUACCAGUCCAAGGACGCGCCCCUCUACCGCCCGGGCCUGUACGCCACCAUGGCCUGCCAGGCGUUCAACGUCGUCGCCUGCCUCUGCUUCGCCAUCUACUUCUCCUGGGCCAACAAGAAGGUGCGCGAGGGCAAGAAGGUCGUCGAGGGCAAGCCCGGCUUCACCUACACCAUCUGA